AUGGUGCGUCGGACGCUGUUCAGCAGCGGCAGCGGCGGGAGCAGCAACGGUGACUCGUGUGCCAAGCCCGCCAGAACUCGAGCCAGACCGGAGAGCAACCACCGAAGAGCUCCGAAUAGUAAAAAGGGCCUUGAAGCCCCAGCAGCUCCACGCAGACACCAACCUCCUCCUCCUAGACGCCACCGCCGCGAACGCUUUGAAUAUGAAGUCAGGAACACUGCAGCGAUGGACGACUCGUACGCGACCACAGUCCCGGGCAGUACCAGGAGAGGGGACAACGUAUUCGACAUCCCCAUCAUCAGCUCUAGGCAGAACGACCCCCUCGACAGCACGUGUGCAGUAGUGGACUACGACGGAGCCAUGAUCAGCUCCAAGACCAUGAGACUCGGCGGCGACGGAGUCUCCAUCAACGCAGUCAACAGCUCGGUGGCGUCGGAGGACGGCGCGGUCACGAAGGGCUCAAUAGACUACAUCUCGUGCCGCCACAUUGGGCUGCUGGUGUCGACGCUGUUCGCAGGAGCUUUCCACACGUGUCUGACAGGAGGCCUCUUGCCGCUGCUGCAGGCGGAGCUGGAGCUCGAGACGUAUCAGGCCGAGGCAGCGGACGUACUCAUGCUGCUGCCGUGGUCGUACACUUUCGUGUGGGGCUUCUUCUCGGACUCUGUGCCUCUGUUGGGCUCUCGACGGAAGGCGUACAUUAUCGCCGGCUGGGCGAUGAUCCUCGUCGCGUGCUUCGCCAUGGCCAUUCUCAACUACACGCUCGAGUACAACGCGUUGACCGAUCAGGAGGCGACGGAGGCGGCGCUGGAGCAUCGCGUGGCGUUGAUCGAUGGCUACAUCGCGCUCUUCAUGCUGGCCAGCUUCGGCAGCAUCUUGGCCUUGGUGAUCGCAGAGAUUUACGUUGUCACGCAGACUCGUCGUGAGCCGCUUGAGCAACGGGGGGAGGCGCUGGGGUCGUUGAUCUUGACCCAGUUCAUGGGCAAUCUCGCGGGUCAGUUGGCGUCCGACAUGGCCAUCUUCAACAUCACCGAGUUCGGACUCACGCCGCUGGUUUCGUUCCGAGAGACGGCGCUCUUCUUCAUGUUCUACUCGCUCGUGCCGCUGUUCAUGCUGAUCUCCUUGUUCUACGAGGACCCGGACCCGCCGCCGAUCGACGAUGGAGAGACCAACUACGGCGCGGACGAGUCGCACAUCUUCAUCCAGGAGGAGAUCCGACGCGCGUCCACGAGCUGCUUCAAGACGCUGCGGAUCCAUUGGACUCGACUGCGGUCUGCGCUGGCCAAGGAGGCGUCGACGCGCGUGAUCCGCUUCUUCAUGAUCUUCGUCUUCCUGUCCGAGUUCACGCUCACGUACCCGCACGCGCAGCUCGAGAUCUGGUGCAACUUCACGGACAAGGCCGAGUCCUCGAGCAACAUCACGAUGGAGGUCAUGUACGUGCUGGCUGCUGCGGCGUGGAAGUUCUGCGCGUUGAACUGCAAGUGGCGCUGGUGCAUCUCCAUCAGCCUGCUGGUCGUCAUGAUGCUGCCCCAAGUCAUCUUCUUCUUCAUGGCGGCCAUGGAGCCCGAUAUGCGCAGCCAACAAGCGUUUCUCUUCAUCACAGCGCUCCGAGGUUUCCCGCGCGGUGCGUUGGUCAUCCUGGAGGUCGCCAUUGCAGCUGAAAUCGCCCCAGUCGGUGGCGAAGGGGCUUUCGUGGGUAUGAUCGUGUCCAUGAGCAGCAUCAUGAGACUGCUGGCCACGACGUUCUCGAACGGACUUGGCUACAUGUUCGAGACCCCGAGCAUGUUCGACACGGAGGAGCAGAGCGGCCAAGUGGUGUUCGGACUUGGGCUGUGCUACUCCAUUCGCCUGAUCAGCAUCGUGGCGCUCAUCUUCCUACCCAGACAGAAGCAGGAGCUCCAGCGCUUGCACCGGUUUGGAGCUCAGGGCGACAAAAGCACGACGUGGUGGGUCUUUGGCUCGUUUGGCUGCGCCUUCCUCAUCAGCGCCGUGUUCAACUUGCUGGCGAUCAUCCCCAGCACGGCGUGCUUGCAGAUCGUCGGCGGCGGUGGCUGCAGUUAG